AUGGCACGACCAAGCACUUUCGACGUCACCCUUGAGUGUAUUGACGGAUUAGACGAGUUCCACAGUCGACGAUUCAUCGUACAACCCCAUAAAAGGGCGUUCCUUGCUAAAGAUGACGAGGAUUCGAUCAACGGCGUUGGUAUAGGUCGGUCGUCGAAGGCAUCAAGCAACACCUUCUACAAGGCUGCAAGCGACAAUAGCUGGAUCGAAUGUCCAACUGUCUCGCGUCGUCACGCAGUUCUGAGUGUCGAGAAAGAUCCCCCAUUCUUGACUAUUAUCAACGUCGCUGCAACCCACGGGCUAGCUGUCAAUGACACGAAGAUCUUAGAAAGCCAGAGCUACAGGCUCAGUAGCGGCGAUAUCGUUCAACUAAGUGGUGAAGUGCGUCGGGGAAGUGAUCUGAUACCACCUCGCAAAUUCCGCAUAUCCUUUCACCCAACCGCACAAGAGACCCGGACUUUCAGAUUUCCAGAGGACGAAUCCGAAGAGGAAGAAGAAGAUGAGAAAGAAGAAGUGGAGUCUAUGAAUGAAGAUAGUGAGUCAAUAGUUGAAUCAGAGGUCGGCUAUAUUUCAAGUGAUGAGGAAGACCGAAAGAACACGCAUAAUGAUACCGCCAGCUCCGUCAGAUAUAGCUUAUCAGCCAACUUCAGCGACCUAGAGGACAGCGAGGACGAGGAGGCCGUCUCUUGUUUCAUGCCCCACGAUAUUCCCGACGAGCAGACGGCUGUUGAAGAUGAGGCCGUAUCAGAUCAUGGUAGGCAUUUGUCUUCCGCAAAUCUAGGAGAAGUUGCGGAAGAGCAGAAAGAGCCCAUACAGGAUAUAGAGGAGAGAGCCGAAGUCAACGCAGACAAAGCAUUGAACGACGCUAUAAUGCGUGACCUCGACAAGAAUAGCGCAGUUCAUCAGGUACAGCCACAGACACCUCCUUGGCGUAUGGAAGAAGCUGUGGCCACCUCGAAAUCCUCAAUUGGGUACUACGACUAUGCCCCCUUACCACCGAUAGCAGGCUCAGUGGAGACUUCUACGCCAGUUCAAACUCAGUCAAUGUCUUUUGAGAAGAUUCUCAACGCUCCGGCAUCAGAAAUACUCUUGGAAAACCCACCUAUGACGGCUAAAUGGGUUGAAACCAGUCCGUCGGCUCUGGUGGCUGAGCAGAGUGCAAGACCUGGGACUGAUAAUUUCCCAAACCAAUGGUCCCUGUACGACUACCCAUUGAACGACUAUCACGAGGGACCUUUCGUAUCGUCAAGAAACAACAUGGCUCAUUCCACCAACGAAUCAUCAGAGCAUCCAACUGUCAAAAAGUCUGGCAUCUCAAUCUAUGACAUCGUCGAACGAAGUGAUGAGCAGCAGCUCGCUCGACCGACAAAGCGGAAGGCCGAGUCUAUCGAUCCUGUGGAGCCUGUGGAUCCUAGAGAUGAUGUAGCUCCUGUUCAAGAUGACGAUAUGACGCUUGUAGAACAAGGCAGUCCCCUCGAUAAGUAUGCUGAAAAAUACACCAGGUCUGCUGGCGUUUGGAGGCUGGAUCACUCAGAUGAACGACAGCCAAAGAAGGUGAGAUUCAACCCGGAGGAUCUCCCAUUGGCAAGCCAUAGUCGCACUAUCAAGCGACCAGGAAUGCAGCGAGUCAAACGUGCAGUGGCUACAGCUGCCAGGCUUUCUGCUACAGCUCUUGUAGGCGGUGUGGGAGUUUUUCUAGCUCUUGCAUUCUACCCUGAAGCCUAA